AUGGAAAACUACACGCCAUCACACCCCGUCUCGCCCGUCUCGCAGCCUCCAUCGUCGCCGUCAAGCCUAAAGCGCUACGAGCUGGGACUCGACCUCUCCGACAAAGCCAUUGAGAUUGAGGCUGCUGCUCACCCGACACCAAACCCGAAAGCACCGCGUCUCUCGCUCAUAGAAGUGCCAAGGCGUAAACCUGUACCGCCGCCAAAAGCUGCGUUUGUCGAUCCAACAGAGCCUCAUGUCGAAGCUCCACCAGCUUAUCAGAGUGGCGGCGGGCUGAAGAGGAAGAUGAGAGACCUCUGGCUGCUACGGCGGAAGACGGUGCUCAUCGUUGCGGCAGUGGCAGCGGUGUUGUUGCUGGCACUGAUUAUUGGGUUGGCGGUUGGGUUGACCAGGCACAAGACUGCCAAUUUGCCGCUGCCAACCAACAAUGGCGGGCCUUAUAGGGGCGACCUUACAUACUAUGACCCGGGACUAGGCGCAUGUGGCAUAUCGAGCUCGUCGUCUCAAGCGGUGUGCGCGGUGUCCAAGGAGCUGUAUGAUGCCGCUAGCGCUGGGCCGAACCCGAACAAUAACCCCCUGUGUGGGCUGAAGCUUCGGCUGAGACGCAAUAACAAGUCUGUAGACGUUACUGUCGUCGAUCGAUGUGUUGGGUGUAAACCGACAGAUAUCGACGUUUCUAUUGCUGUAUUUGAACAGCUUGCCCUUGAGGCUCAGGGAAGAGUCGAUGUUGAAUGGGCAUGGCUUGACAAGGCGCCGGUGAAUCUUUAA